AUGAGAGUCAGACUCGCUCUUGACGCUCCAUUCUGUGGAUGUCCUUGCAACAUGAAACCGACUGUUGAUAUUGAAACAACAUUUCUUGAAAGAAAAAAUGUAAAGAUUAAAGAAACUGAACAAGAGACAACAAUCCUAAGAAAAGCGAAUUUAAAGGCAGAGGAGGAGAACGCAGCAAGAUGA